AUGCAGUUAUCAAAUAUUCUCGCUUUUUCCACUUGGAUCGUGAUUGGUUCCACUUUUGCCAUUAGACGCCGUGAUACAACGUCUGGUGCUCCAUCCCUUUCAGUUGAUUUACCCCCAGGAACAACAACUAGUUCAGUACCACCAGUUUCAUUGCCAUCACCUAUCUCAAGUGACACUGUACCACCAGUUUCGUUUCCUUCACCAAUUUCAACUGACACAAUUCCACCAGUCUCAUUGCCAUCACCCAUUUCAAGCGAUUCUGUUCCACCAAUCUCAUUACCUUCACCCAUUUCAAGUGAUUCUGUUCCACCAAUCUCAUUACCGUCACCCAUUUCAAGUGAUUCUGUUCCACCAAUUUCAUUACCGUCACCCAUUUCAAGCGAUUCUGUUCCACCAAUUUCUUUACCAUCGCCAACGUCGAUUUCUUUUAGUUCAUCUCCAACAUUUUCGUUACCAACAUUGACUGCAUCUAUCCCAACGGUUUCCUUCAGUGAUUCAGUUGCUCCACCUGGUUCAGAGCCACCUACAGAUAGCCCAACAACUGAUGAUUCUCAUCCAACUCACUCAUGGCCCUCUCACUCGUGGCCCUCUCACUCAUGGCCUUCACACUCGUGGCCAUCACACUCAUGGCCAUCACACUCGUGGCCAUCACACUCAUGGCCAUCACACUCGUGGCCAUCACACUCAUGGCCAUCACACUCGUGGCCAUCACACUCAUGGCCAUCACACUCAUGGCCAUCACACUCGUGGCCUUCACAUUCACACUCCCCCCCACCAGAUGAAUCAACCACUACUGUCACAACCACAGAAAUAACAACUACUACUUGUCACCAAGACAAGUGCCAUCCAACUACCAUCACUACUGGUGUCACAACAAUCACAAAAACUGAUACUACAUAUACCACUUGGUGCCCUAUUGAAACAGAGACAAUUACGGUUCCUUCAACCACAAUUGAAACAACCUGUAUCACUAUCACUGAAUGUGACCACCAUGGAUGUACUACUAAGCCGGUGACAACGGGUGUGACCACCGUCACUGAAACUGAAACUACAUACACGACAUGGUGCCCAAUUCCCACAGAAACUGUUACUAUUCCAGAGACCACAAUUGUGACAAUAACUGAGUGUGAGUACGACCAAUGUACCACCAAGCCAGUCACUACUGGUGUCACUACAAUCACAGAGGUUGAAACAACUUAUGUCACUUGGUGUCCAUUGCCAACUGAAACAGUGACUAUACCAGAAACAACAAUCGUUACUGUGACAAAAUGUGAGAACGACGUAUGUACAACAGUCCCUGUUACCACUGGUGUAACUACAAUUACGGAAAUUGAAACGACAUACACCACUUGGUGUCCAUUACCUACCACGGACACAAUAACAAUUCCGGAAACCACCGUUGUCACUGUGACAUGGUGUGAUUAUGGCGAAUGUACCACUGCUGAAGUUACCACUGGUAUAACCACAGUUACCGACGAUUGGACAACCUACACCACGUGGUGUCCAAUAACGACCACCACCACAACUGAGCAUCCUCCUCCACCACCGCCUUCAUCAGUUCCAUCACAACCACCGGAAGAGACGACUGAAACUGAGAUCCAAACAACCACAAUAACCAUCACUUCUUGUUCAGACUACGAAUGUACUCCUGUUGAAAUCACUACAGGUGUUACAACUGUUACUGAAUAUGAUACUACUUACACCACUUAUUGUCCCUUGCCGGAAACAACAAUUACUCUUGUUCCACCAAAUGAUCCCACAGUUUGGAGUCCAACCGAGACAAUUCCACUCCCACCAGAUGAGACUACAAUCACUCUUGAUCCACCGGAAAUCCCUAGUGUUUCCCUCCCUGACCCAUCAUCUGAUCCAGAAGUUCCAUCCUCUGAUACAAAGAUUCCAUCGACACACCUUACAGAUGAACAUCCUACAGACUCAACUGACCUCACCGGUAUUCCAACGGGUAUUACCUUGACUCCAUAUCCAUCUGAUGACACUACUACUUGGGACACGUUUGAAACGCCUUCUAGUGAAUCUGGAAUUUUUACAAUUUUGCCAAUUUCCGAAUCAGAUGCUGUUGAAGCUAGAGAUGUGAACCAGGAAGUUGCAACAGUAGCAAACGCCGGUUCAUAUAAUGAAUUAUCAUUCGUUGCUGGAGCUUUAGCCAUAGGUGCUUUAUUGGUCUAG